AUGGCCCCCCCAUGCAUGCCUUCGGAGCGCCUCGAUGAUGCACAUGCACAAAUUGCUGCUCCUGUUCCCUUUGCUUCUCCAGCCUGCAUUGCACUACACACAUGUACUAGUAGCACUCGUCUUGUGAUAAUGUAUACCUCACCGUCUGCCUACACCUACACGUCUACACCUACACCUACACCUACACCUACACCUACACCUACACCUACACCUACACCUACACCUACACCUACACCUACACCUACACCUACACCUACACCUACACAUACCCCCCAUGAUACCUCACCGUGCAUGCUCACCGUCUACACCACCACCUCACCACCCCCCAGUGACGUCGCCGCACUCCAAUCAAAGCCGACAUGGGGCCUGGCAUGCCGUGAGCUAUAUUAG